CUCCUCGCAAGUGCGUUCACAGUUCAACCUUGUCCUACCCACAACAUCGACAUCUCAUCCCUACGAUACUUUUCCGCAUCAAAACCUGUUACUAGAAAUUACUUCAUCUGACUUUUCGAGACUCAUUAGAAGCGCAAAGUCGACAUCAUGGCUGACAAGGACAAGUUGGCGAAGUACCGGACGGAGAUCCAACAGAUGAUGUUUGUCUCGGGAGAGACGGGGGAGCCAUCAGCAGAAACAACUACUCUCAUCGAGUCUAUUGUCCAAGAUCAGGUUCAACAUAUGUUGAGAGAAUGCACCAACCUCGCUACUCGUCGUGGUUCACGAUCUAUCUCGACCGAUGAUCUCAUGAUGCUGAUUAGACACGAUCGAGCUAAAAUCUCUCGCCUUCGUCAUUUCCUUCAGUGGAAAGAUGUCCGCCGUUCAGUCAAGGACUCAGAUGACAAGGGUGGUGAUGCAGGCGCGGAUGUAGCUGCUGGAGACGCAGAUCUUGCCGCGGGCGUUGUUGGUGCCGGCAGCGGUCCUGGCCCGGAAGCAGGAAAGAAGGCGAAGAGGGCCAAGGUCGACCUCGUCUGGGAAGUCCAGUCAUUCUUCAGCGAGAACCCUCCUCAGCUUGACGAUGUUGAGGAUGAAGAGGAGGAAGAGAUGAACUUUGCAACCCUCCAGCGCCUCAAGAAUGCCGACGAGCGCACCAAAAACAUGACCCGAGAAGAAUACGUGCACUGGUCUGACUGCCGUCAAGCAUCCUUCACAUAUAGGAAGGGUAAGCGUUUCAAGGAGUGGGCUGGGUUCGGUCUCAUUACGGACUCGAAGCCUAGCGAUGAUAUCAUCGACAUCCUUGGAUUCCUGACCUUCGAAAUCGUCCAGACUCUUACCGAAGAGGCGCUCAAGGUCAAAGAUGCUGAGGACCUGUACAAGAAGAAUACAGGAGGCGAGCCGCAGAGCAAUAAGCGCAAGCGCGAGCGUGGCCUAUUCGACCCACCAGAGGAGGCCAGGGAGCCAGUUCAACCAUCCCAUGUGCAAGAGGCAUACCGACGCUUGCAGCGCGGGAACAACAAGAGCCGGGCGAUGCUCAACUUCACUCGCAAUGUCCAUCGCGCACAACUCAAGCUAAUUUGAUCAGCACGCAUUUCGUGCUGUCAGAGCAGGAGUCAUGGGUCGGUCUCAUUUUCUUCCAAUUCAUCGAAUUCAUCAGUUAGGCGUUCAAGGGUCUCCAAUGAUACCCAAAUAAUUUUCAGGAACUGGCGCAUCUCGCCACACAUUUUCUUAUUUUAGGGUCAAGGCAGUGGAUACCUUGCAACAGCGUAGAAAGCAUAUGGGGGAACUGCUUUAUUUUCUUACUCACAAUAAAGGCAUUAUUAAGCGCUCCAAAUUCCAUACCUAUCUAGCAUGAAUCAAGAACUUCAAAU